ACCUUUACGGUUUGACACGAUUCACGGUAAGUCGAUCGUGCAGUUGUGCUCGAGCUACGAGCGAGCAAGGUCGUUGCGUAUUCUAAUUGUUUGUGUUCCAUUCGUGAGAAUUGUUUCUCAUUUUCGUGUUAAUUAUUUUAUAUAUCAUAAAUCGAUCAGUGUGGAGAUGACAUUUGUACAAUCUCUUCGUUGAAAGAGCUACCUUUGGAAAGGCAGCCAAAGUCAGCCGUCAAUAUGAUGCAGGAGAUUUCAGACCAAUCUUCCAGGACAGUGCUCCUGAACACAUUCGUAGUGAAAAAGAAACGGUGUAGAGUCUACUUUCAUCGUGGCACGCUCAUCUGGGAAACAGAGAAACCGCCAUACACAAGAUGGACGCUACCAAUGACCGACGUGCUCGCCGUGCGCUACGGUGACGAUUGGAUACACGGGGUAAACUUUAAGGAGAAGCAACUGACAACGUCGCCCACGUCACCUACCGUCUGCCCGACGAAUUUCAUUCUCCACUACGCUGUGCACGGGCCAAAGAACAAAUGGAGCCAUCACAGCGUGACCAUGAGCCACACCGAUCCGAGACAAGUCGCCUCCUGGGUCAAGACCAUACGAAAUUACCUCAUGGGACUGACCCAUCGACCCAGAAAGAUCUUACUGUUCGUCAAUCCGUUUGGAGGGAAGAAGAAGGGGUUGAAGAUUUGGGAGAAGGACGUGCAACCCUUGAUGACCAUUGCUGGCAUCGAAACGAAGAUGCUGGUCACAGAGAGGGUCAAUCAUAUCCGUGAUAUCCUCUUAAGUACUGAUCUUACGGAUUUCCAUGCGGUGGUCUGCAUCGGUGGAGACGGUACCCUAGCCGAGGUGAUCAACGGCCUUGUGCUGAGGACUUCGAGGGAUCGACAGAUCGACCCCAAUAAUCCCGAGGCGAACUUACCGACUCCUCGACUUCCGAUCGGUGUGAUACCCAGCGGAAGUACCGAUACCGUUGCUUACAGUCUUCACGGAACCACGGAUGUGCAAACAGCGGCUAUACAUAUCAUCUUCGGCGACAGCGCCGGCCUUGACAUCUCCUCGGUUCACAAUGACCACACGUUGCUCAGGUUAUACGCCAGCAUGCUCAGUUACGGUUACCUGGGUGACGUGAUACGGGACAGCGAGAAGUUCCGGUGGAUGGGACCCCAGAGAUACGAUUAUUCGGGUUUCAAGAAGAUCCUUGGGAAUAAAGGUUAUGAAGGUGAGAUUCAACUUCUUUCGGACCCUUGCCAUCCGGCAACCAGCACAAGGUGUACAAAAAACUGCACUAGAUGCCUGCAACACAUGCAUAACAGCAAUUCGGAAAAAGAAUAUCCAGUUAGAUGGAUGACUGUCAGAGGCAAAUUCUUCAUGGUAAAUGGUGCCAAUCUCGCGUGUGGCUGUGCCAGAAGCCCUAUGGGAUUCAGUCCCCACUGUCAUAUCGGGGAUGGUUGCGUGGAUGUGAUUCUGGUUCGGCAUACGUCGCUCUUUAACAAUAUUAGGAUGUUGCUCAGGUUGUCCAGCAAACAGAAAACUCUGUACGAUCUACCCUUCGUGGAAGUGUACAGAGCGAGGGAGUUCACGUUCCGCGCCCUGCCCACCAUGCACAUGCACUCAGACAGAGAGAACAUUAACAAUCGCUAUAUGAGUUCAAACCUGAGCGUGUGGAACUGUGAUGGCGAGGUGAUCGAUAACUCCAACGUGAAAAUCAGAGUACACUGCCAACUAGUGAACAUAUUCACGAGACGAGCUCAGGAACCAGUUCACGGCCGGACAUGUUUCUGUUAAUGGCGAGUAAUCGGUCGAUCUGUUCUCGCCAAUAUCGUUUGAAGUAAGAACAAGACGAAAAUGCGUAUUUCCGCGAGACGCUACGGUAUUAAAAUCAUAGUUCCUUUGACUUGCCCUAAAUAUAAAUCGUAAUAACGAUGUAUAUCAUGAUUACGAAAAAUCGUCUCGAUCGGUGACGAAAGUUUCUAAAAUCGUUAAAGUUGAUGAUUAAAAUUUGGAAAGUUGAAAUUUUCAAAAUUUUCAAACUUUAAAUCUUAAUCCGCGAAAUCACAACUCGCAAGAUAUCGUUAUUCGAAUGCCUGACUAUCGAUAAAAUAUUCCACUGAAUAUUUUGCGCGAGUCAUAACUGUUAAUUAAUUUAUAUUAUCAUAUCAAGAUCUGACACGAUUAAGAAGCAUAUCCAUGAAGACCUCAAAGGAUACGAGAUUUUUUUAUUAAGUUUACACGAUAGUCGGCUAAUAUUUUCGCCUUUCUUACUUUUAAAGUAUAGUCUGUAAUCGUCGAACAUUCCAUCGUCUCCAGCAUGCGGCUCAGUCGAUAAGAAUGUACUUACAAAAUUUUGUAUAACAAAAACCGGUGUUUUCCGGUAUUUUUUCGACAUUGUUGCACUGGUUGCGCAUUUUCGUACUUAAAAACACGUAUAUACACAUACGCAAUAUACGGUUAUUGUAGAUUCGGUGCACGAAUGGUCUCUUUCCUGUACGAUAUUAUCAUUAGAACACCUUUCUUUUCGAUAGUGUUUGUUUAGAGACAGGGAGUACAGUAUGAGCAACGUUCUUGUAACUCGAGUAAAUAUUUUUUAUCUGGAAAACAAGUAAAAAAAAAAAAAGGAAGAAAAAAAAUUAUGAAUAUUAAAAGAAACGAAUUGAAGAGGAGAACAAAAUUUAAAAAAGAAU